UUCCAACUUCCAACGAUCCAAAAGCUAACCAUUCUCAAGAUCGACAACCUCUUCACCGCGCCCACGAUAAUAACAGCCAGGCAGCUGGAUGGGUCGCGUCGAUAAUCCCUCUAUUUCCGAUGAUGUGAACGGCCGCGGUUAACUUGUCCCUUUAUUUGCUCUUUUUGGUAUAAUUCACUUCUAUCCGCACGACGAUAAAGUAGCGAAGGGGAGAAAUAAGCAAGCAGUAUAUUCAAAAAGAGCUUUACUGCUUAAUCUCGCGAUCGGAAAGCCCGCACACGAAUAAGGACGCGGGGUUAAGAACGGAAAGCCGCAGGUCGUAUCACGUCUCUAUCCCCGACGACGGCGACGAGAUCUCUCCACCCACUUACUCCGAUGUUAUCCUCGCUACUAUCCGCCACCGCGUCUGCCACAGCCUCUUCGAUCUUAGCCGUUGCGACGGGUAAAAACGAUACCGGCGAUGGUGGCGGAGAUGGCGAGCAUAAAUACCAGGAUCAGACGAAGGGUCAGCGCGACCUGCUAACACAGGUUAUCGUCAGCUCUACCGUUGGGUUUCUAGCGUUUAUGGGCUUUUGUAUACUUCGAACGAAGUGGAGAUCGCUCUACGCUGCUCGAAGAAGGCUGAGAACGGCUGCGUCGAGAUUGCCUGAGCUGCCAGAUACGUUGUUUGGCUGGAUCCCAAUCGUGCAUAAGAUUUCUGACGAUGAGGUGCUAGCAUCUGCCGGGCUGGAUGCGUUUGUGUUUUUAUCAUUUUACUCGUACGCCCUUAAGUUCCUGACAGUUGUGUUCUUUUUCACGCUUGCGGUUAUUCUCCCGAUCCACUAUAUCUAUACGAAUAAAUAUGGCUAUCCCUGGGACAUACCAGAGGAUCAUAAGGAUGAUUCACAAAAAACGAAAGCCGACCCGACAUACCUAUGGAUGCAUGUUGUUUUCGCCUAUGUUUUUACUAGUAUUGGCAUAAAAUUUCUUAUCGACCAGACGAACAAAAUCAUCCAGAUCCGCCAGCAGUAUCUGGGUGCUCAAACAACUAUGACGGAUAGGACAAUUCGUUUGUCGGGGAUACCGCCCGAGUUACGCUCCGAGGAAAAGAUAAGGGACUUCAUCGAACAACUUCAGAUUGGAAAGGUGGAUCAGGUCAUGCUAUGCCAGGACUGGAGAGAACUGGAUGGCCUGAUGGAGGCGAGGAAAAAUAUUCUCCAAAAAUUAGAGGAGGCAUGGACUAAACAUGUUGGCUAUCAAUGGAAGAGGCCUGACAGCAGAGCAAACGCAUUACCGCUUGUUCGAACGGACCCGGUGGAAGCAAGUUUCGAGUCGAGAGAGGAGAACGAGCGUUCCCGCCUACUUUCGACCGAAGACUCUGCACGAGCGCAUGUCUCGAGCUAUUCCCUCAAGCGACCCACGAUACGCAUUUGGUACGGCCCGCUAAACAUGCGGUACAAAAAAAUCGACGCAAUUGACUUCUACGAGGAAAAGCUGCGGCGACUAGAUGAGAAAAUUGAGGAGAUUCGCAGCAAGGAGUGUGAACCAACACCGCUCGCCUUCGUCACUAUGGAGUCCAUCGCUGCCUGCCAGAUGGCUGUUCAGGCUAUUCUCGACCCUUGGCCCAUGCAGCUCGUGGCGAACCUAGCACCCGCUCCUGCAGACGUGGUUUGGCAGAACACCUAUUUGUCGCGGGGCAGUCGGAUGCUCCGGGGAUGGUCCAUCACGUUGCUCAUAGGGGUUCUCACCGUGUUCUGGUCUGUUCUCCUCAUUCCCCUCGCUUACCUGCUCAACCUGGAAACCAUUGAGAAAGUCCUUCCGACUCUUGCGGACUUUCUUUCUCGCCAUGCCAUAGCCAAAUCGUUGGUACAAACUGGUCUACCUACUCUUAUUCUCUCUCUAUUGACAGUUGCCGUUCCGUUUCUUUAUAAUUGGCUGGGCAACCUUCAAGGCAUGACAUCUCAAGGCGACGUCGAAUUGUCUCUUAUCUCAAAGAAUUUCUUCUUCACCUUCUUCAAUCUCUUCCUCGUCUUCACCGUCUUCGCAACAGCCUCCAAUUUCUACCGCCUCUUUGAAAACCUCCGCGACGUCUUUAGAGACACAACGACUAUUGCCUUGGCCCUCGCUCGUUCCCUCGAAACCCUUGCCCCGUUCUACACCAACUUAAUCGUCCUCCAGGGCCUGGGCCUCUUCCCCUUCCGCCUCCUCGAAUUUGGCAGCGUGUUCCUCUACCCCUUCCAACGCCUCAGCGCGUACACUCCCCGCGACUACGCUGACCUGGGCAAACCUCCAACAUUCAGCUACGGCCUCGCCCUGCCACAAACAAUCCUCAUAUUCAUAAUCACCGUCGUCUACAGCGUCUUUCCUAGCUCAUAUAUCGUCUGCCUCUUUGGCCUCAUCUACUUCUCCAUCGGCCGCUUCAUCUACAAAUACCAGCUUCUCUACGCCAUGGACCAUCAGCAACACAGCACCGGCCGCGCAUGGCCCAUGAUCUGCUCCCGCGUCAUUCUAGGUUUUAUCGUCUUCCAGCUCGCCAUCAUCGGUACCCUCGCUCUCCGUACUGCCGUCACCCGCUCCAUCCUUGUCGUCCCCCUGCUCGCCGGAACCGUCUGGUUCUUCUACUUCUUCUCCCGCACCUACGACCCGCUCAUGAAAUUCAUCGCGUUACGCUCCAUCGACCGCUCCCGCGCCGCAGUCGAUCAGGACGAAACGCCUACGCCUACUUCUACAAUGUCCCCGCCUUCCCAGUGGGAUCGCGAUGCUGUCCACCUCCGCUUCCGCGGUCGGGACCUUGCGUCCAAGCUGAAGAAGUAUGUCAAUCCGAAUUUGAUCGUGCCACUUGACGAGCCUUGGAUUCCGGGACGUGCGCCCACGCUUGGGGCUACUAAUGCUCUUGAUGCGGGUGGGGACUUUAUGGGAAUUACGGAUGGUAGUCACAAUGGGAAUGAUAAUAAUGGUGCCCGGUUCAAUGGGAAUAGGAAUUGGAGAAAUAGGGGACAACACCUACCUUGCUAGAUUUUGGGGCAGGAAUUUUAUAUAUAUUCGCACCCAGGUACAAAUGUACAGAAUUGGACUUGGGAUCGUGAUGGGUUGGGUUAUGAUAAACGGAAGUGAUGCUGAUGGAUCGAAUAAAUCUGAAUCGGAUUAGAUCAUCCUUUUUCUUUUUUUUUUUUUUUUUUUUUUUGUUUAUUGAUUGGACUGGUGGUGAUUGCGAUUGGCACAGGGUGCGCCUCCCAGCCUUCCCCUAGAUAAUCGCUUCUUUGUAUAUACAUUUUUCUACAUAUGUGGUUUUCUGUAUUCCUAUUAUUAAUAUUUCGGGUUUGGGAGACUUCCAGAGCUGACUGGGCAUUGUUGGGUUUCCUUUUUCUAGAUAUCCCUGCUCCUGUUUUCUCCAUUGGUUCUUCUUUGUUUUGCUUUCAAACGUACUUCUAUUUUUAUUUUUCUCUGCAUCCAUGAUGAUACCACUCUUAAGCCGCUCGCCAUUUUCCUACAUUUUCCUAAUUCCAACUUCGAUUGCACUUCCAUUCUCUAUUCUCUACGCAUGGAUCAGUUUUCAUCUCCUACACACAAAAGUGUUACACUUUCAAAUUCCAAACAUCGGCCUACUUGUCCAACUUCAGUGAAGCGAGAUAGGAGACAAGAUUUGUGUUGAUUGUCGUAAGUAGUACGGAGUAGUUUGUGUUAUCAUUAUGUUCCAGUUGUACUCAAAAGUCGCCGGGACCUUCAGAGAGAAACGGAUCAUGCAAGUAACAGAGGUAAAAUAAGGUACGAGAAAUUCAAAAUAUUUUUUGUCUUCCCACCGUUUCAACCGGGCAUAUCCCCAAUUUAUAUUUUAUCUUAUUUUCCUUAAGCCAUUUGACCAAACCCCCUGAAAAAGACAGCGAAAAUCACAACAAAUUAACUCAAGGGAAUAUAUAAAGGCGUUUUCAAAAUGGACGAAAGUAGCCAAGGGAAUAAACGACCUUUUCAUAGAC